AGCAGCGUUGGCUCAGACUGCUACAAUUUUUGGUUGACAGUGAAGCCAGGCGGCUUCUUCAACAACAGAGGCAAAUGGACAAAGCGGGACCUCCUUUGCCUCCCCCGGCUCGUCCAGACAACGAUGCGAAGAAACUUGCAGGAGAAGUGGACGAGUUUGCUUGCUGGGAAGAAGCAGCCAAGACGCCUGCUGAGCUGCGAUUGCAGACAGGCGAGAGCUGGCACGGGUACAGCUUUGGUGCCAAGAAGUCCAUCUCCGGGGAGGUGGUCUUUGCAACCCCGAUGAUGGGCUACCCGGAGUCCUUGACGGAUCCCUCCUUUGCAGGUCAGAUCCUGGUUUUGACCUAUCCGCUGGUGGGCAACUAUGGAGUGCCGCCCGAUGACACGGAUGAGUAUGGCCUCCCCAGGUACUUCGAGGGGAAGAAGAUCUAUCCCAUCGCCGUGGUGGUCGCUGAGUACUCCUUCGUUGCAUCGCACUACGCCGCGGUGAAGAGCCUUUCCACGUGGCUGGAAGAGCACGGCGUGGCCGGUGUCUUCGGCGUGGAUACACGUGCGAUCACCAAGAGGCUGCGGCAAGAAGGCUCCGCUCUGGGCGCCGUGGUGGUCGGGAAGGAUGCAGUGCCAAAGUUGCAGGACCCCAACCAGCGGAAUCUCGUGGCAGAAGUCUCCGUGACCAGCCCGCAGCUCUACGAGCCCAAGGAUGGCUGUGGUGGGGAGGGCAAAACGCCUCUCAUUGUGGCCGUGGACUGCGGCAUGAAGUUCAACAUUGUGCGGUACUUCAUCUACUACCUGCGGGUGCGCCUCAAGGUUGUGCCCUGGGACUACGACUUCUCCAAGGAGGAAUUUGACGGGCUCUUCAUCAGCAACGGCCCUGGAAACCCCGAGAUGUGCGACAAGACCGUGAAAUGCUUGCAGAAGGUGAUGCAGGAGCGGCCCCAGACCCCCAUCUUCGGCAUCUGCCUGGGGCAUCAGCUGCUGGCCCUGGCCGCGGGCUGCAAGACCUACAAGAUGAAGUUCGGCAACCGCGGAGUGAACCAGCCGUGCGUGGACCUGCGCACGGGGCGGUGCUACAUCACCUCCCAGAACCACGGCUUCGCGGUGGACGACUCCGAGCUGCCCAGCGGCUGGAGCUCGCUCUUCGUGAACGCCAACGACGGGUCCAACGAGGGCAUCGGCCACAAGGAGAAGCCAUGGCUCUCCGUGCAGUUCCACCCGGAGGCCGCCUGCGGGCCUGUGGACACCUCCUUCUUGUUCGACGAGUUCUUCAACAUCCUGAGGAAUUCGCAGGGCAGGCCUUUGACGACCGUCAGCUACAAGCACCCCAAGGCCAUCACCAAGGUCUUGGUUCUGGGAUCCGGUGGGCUCACCAUCGGCCAAGCGGGCGAGUUCGACUACUCGGGCAGUCAGGCCAUCAAGGCCCUGCGGGAGCAGCAAGUGCAGUCGGUGCUGAUCAAUCCCAACAUCGCCACAGUGCAGACCUCCAAGGGUUUGGCCGACCAGAUCUUCUUCGUGCCCGUGACCCCGGAGUUUGUGACCAAGGUCAUCGAGAAGGUGAGGCCUGAUGGGCUCUUCGCCGCAUUUGGCGGUCAGACGGCGCUGAACUGCGCAGUGCAGCUCCAUAGGAGCGGAGUGCUGAAGAAGUACGGGGUGCAGGUCCUGGGCACCCAGAUCGACUCCAUCGUAGCAACAGAGGAUCGCGAUAUCUUCAAGGUGGGCGUGGAGAGCAUCGGCGAGCAGUGCGCCCUGUCGGCCUGCGCCAACAGCUUUACGGAGGCCAGAAAGGUCGCCAAGGACAUCGGCUUCCCAGUACUCGUGCGAGCGGCGUUUGCCCUGGGCGGUCUCGGAAGCGGCUUUGCGAACAACGAGGAAGAGCUGGAGGUGCUGCUCACACGGGCCUUCGCCACCUCCUCGCAGGUGAUCAUUGACGAGUGCCUGAAAGGGUGGAAGGAGCUCGAGUACGAAGUGGUGCGAGACUCGAAGGACAACUGCCUGGUGGUGUGCAACAUGGAAAACCUGGACCCCAUGGGGGUCCACACGGGCGAGUCCAUCGUGGUGGCGCCCUCCCAGACUCUGAACAACGCCGAGUAUCACCACCUGAGAGCCGUGGCCAUCAAGGUGAUUCGCCACUUCGGCAUUGUGGGCGAGGCAAACAUCCAGUACGCUCUUGACCCGCACUCCAGCCGCUACCGCAUCGUGGAGGUGAACGCUCGGCUGUCCCGCAGCAGUGCCCUGGCAUCCAAGGCGACGGGAUAUCCGUUGGCCUACGUGGCUGCCAAGUUGGCCUUGGGCCACGAUUUGGUGAGCCUCCGGAACAUGGUGACGCGGUCCACCACCGCGUGCUUCGAGCCCUCCCUGGACUACUGCGUCGUCAAGAUCCCUCGCUGGGACAUCGACAAGUUCCCUACGGUGGAGCGAACUUUGGGCACUCAGAUGAAGUCCGUGGGCGAGGUGAUGUCCAUUGCGCGAUCCUUCCCCGAAGCGAUCCAGAAGGCCCUGCGGAUGGUCAACGAGGGCUCCGUUGGCUUCGAUGAGAGCUGGUAUCUCCGCGCCCGCUCCGGGGCUGCGGUGUCCAAGGAUGGCAACAUCGAGGAGGAGCUGAAUAAGCCCGGGCCGCUGCGUAUGUGGGCAAUCGCCCAUGGAUUUGAGAAGGGCCUCAGCGUGGAGAAGAUGUACGAACUCACCAAGAUCGAUCGGUGGUUCCUGGGCAAGCUGUUCUCGGUGCACCAGGCCCGGAAGCGCAUGGAGUCCCUGGGUAGCCUGGCGAAGCUCUCUGAGGCGGGCCCACAGUUCCUCCGGCGGAUGAAGCAGCUGGGCUUCUGUGACAGGCAGAUCGGAAAGGCCAUCAAGGACUCGGACACGGCCAUCAUGAAGCUGCGAGAAGGCUGGCACAUCAGGCCAUGUGUGAAGCAGGUGGACACACUGGCCGCGGAGUUCCCGGCGCAGACGAACUACUUGUACUUGACCUAUGUGGGUGAGCAGAAUGAUGUCGUUCCACUCCGAAACGAGAAGCUUGCAGCACACAAGGAUGCCCUCUACGACACCGCCUUCGGCAAGGGCAAGCUUGAGGAGGAGAGUGGCUUCAACCUGCCGGCGAAGCAGCGGGCCUAUGCCCGCGGCUCUCCGUCCUACAGCCCGAAGCCCACCUUCACCCCGAAGUGGAAGACCGCCGUCGGCCAGGAGGCACCUCCUCCGCUAGAGCUGGUCCCGGACAAGCCAGAGAUGCCUGCUUAUAUCGUCCUGGGCUCGGGCUGCUACCGCAUCGGCGCCUCGGUGGAGUUCGACUGGAGCUCCGUGAGCGCGGUGAGGACGAUUCGACAGACUGGUCACCGCGCAAUGGUCAUCAACUGCAACCCAGAGACAGUCUCCACAGACUACGAUGAGAGCGACCGGCUCUACUUCGAGGAGCUCACUCUGGAAACCGUGUCGGAGAUCGUCCACUUUGAGCAACCGGAGGGAACCAUCGUGUCUGUGGGUGGCCAGACGCCCAACAACCUGGCGCCCAAGCUGGACAAGCUUGGGAUCCACAUCCUCGGCACGGCUGCGGACAACAUCGACCGGGCAGAGGAUCGCUCCAAGUUCUCUACCAUGUGUGACGAGCUGGGCAUCGACCAGCCGGCGUGGUCGGAGUUUGUGAAGUUGGAGGAAGCCAUGACCUUCGCCAACCUGGUGGGGUUCCCAGUUCUCGUGCGGCCCUCGUACGUCCUCUCCGGCGCUGCCAUGCGUGUCAUUGACAACGAGGAGCAGCUGAAGGCCUUCCUGGGCACUGCUGCGGUGGUUGAGCAGGAGUUCCCGGUGGUCAUCUCCAAGUAUGUCGAGGGCGCAAGGGAGAUCGAGUUUGAUGGCGUGGGCCGCAAUGGCCAAGUGAUCAACUAUGCCAUCUCUGAGCACGUCGAGGACGCCGGCACCCACAGCGGCGACGCCACCCUGCUGCUCCCGGCGCAGCGCUUGCAUUUGGAGACCCACCGACGGGUGAUGCACAUCGCCGGGCAGUUGUGUAAGGCGCUGAACAUCUCUGGCCCCUUCAACGUGCAGUUCAUGGCACAGGAAGACUCAUGCAGCUCCAUGAGGUCUGUGAAGGUCAUCGAGUGCAACGUCCGAGCGUCUCGCACAGUACCAUUCGUCUCGAAGACAUUCAACGUGAAUUUCAUCGAGCAGGCGACCCGCGUGAUGCUGGGCCAGGACAUUAGCCGGCAGAAGGUCUAUGCCUAUGACUUUGAGUUUGUGGCGUGCAAGGCGCCGAUGUUCUCCUUCCUGCGGCUGAGCGGGUCAGACCCCCAUGUGGGCGUUGAGAUGCAGAGUACUGGCGAGGUGGCUUGCUUCGGGCACAAUGCUCAUGAGGCCUUCAUGAAAGCGCUGAUCGCCAGCGGCGUAAAGGUCACCUUCGAGAAGUGCGGGGUGCUCUUGUCGCUGGGACCGAAGGAGGACAAGGCUGCCAUCCUGAAGUACCUGCCUUUGAUGGAUGAGAUGGGCCUCACGUUGUUUGCCACAAGUGGCACAGCUUCCUACAUCCAGGCCAGCGAGCCCAAGCGCAAUGGCAAGACCAUCCCGGUCACUGCCUGCGCUUCUGAUGGCAGCGGCGACAAGAGCGUGUCCAAGAUCAUCGAGGACAAAGCCGCGAAGAUUGUGAUUUGCACCCCCACCUCGCGGGACUCUGCGGGCCAGACCGCGGGCUAUCGACUGCGGAGGAAAUCCCUGGAGACGGGCCUAUGCCUGAUCGUGAACAUGCAGCAGGCCCUGAUGCUCAUCGACGCGCUCUAUGAGAAAUUCACACUUGAGCAGCAGGGCUUGGAUUUUUGGAGCUUAGAUUCCUGGCAGGAAUGCCACCGAAUUGGCUAAGGGUGUGCCUUGCGCACUUCUUGGUCAAUAUCAUUUUUCGGACUCUUGUACAAAGCGCGGGGGGUUACUUCUCUGAUUCGAAUCACUGAGGCUGACGCAGCCAUGAUCCCAGGGUGACAAGUUGAUGUUGC